AUGGCUCCUACUCCUGCUCGCACAUCUAUGUCUGCCAGUCAAUCUCCUGGUUCUCAAACUUCGUCUAAUAACCAUAACAACCACGCCGUGCCACCCAACCACACGGAAAAUGUGGAUGCCGCCAGGCAAGAGCGAGAACACUUACUUGCACCGCUCGAUUUUGGCAAUCUGUUGGGUCUCAACGUCAACACCAGCGAUACCACAUCUGGUAUAGGCUCUCGGGAAUCGUCCGUGGUGUUUGAUUUCCGGCAAGAGUCUCCGGAAAAGGAACCGGAUCCUUUGCCAAAGACCGAGAAAGAUUCAGGUAAGUGA